AUGCAAAACGAUUGGAUUAAGUGCAUCAGACAGGAAAUAAAUGAUUUCAAAUGGCUUCCAUCAAAAAAUGCAAGAAUAUGCAGUGACCAUUUCUGUAAUAAAGAUUAUAAGGGUUAUGAUGGAGAAAGGAAGGUAAUGCUGAAGAAAGCAUUCCCAUGUUUUCAAUUUAAAAAAAUUAGAACAUAUGACUCUGAUCAAAAAUCAUUCGCGUUGACACUGCAUUUGUAUGGGCAUAAGGCAUAUGAUUAUCUUUGGACAAAUGGCUUACAUCUUCCUCACACUAGGACAUUAAGAAAAUAUAAUUGCGGAAUUUAUAGAAAAUAUCUAAAAAACUCGAAAAUUGCUUACUUUGAUAGGAAAUUUCCAAAAGAAUUAAAAAUAGAUCAAAAACAUAGAUAUCUGAAUAGUUACCAAAUUUUGAAUCUCUAUGGUAACUAUUAUCCUAGAGAUAUGCAUAUUGCUGCCUUUCAGCAUCGUAAAGUUUAUAAGGAAGCAUAA